AUGACGGACAAGGUCGGCAAGAAAAGAAAGCUCAAAGAGACGAGCGGUAGUAGCGAGCGGGCUGAGAAGCGGACAGCGACGGCCAACGAUGCGACGAGCGACCGCAAGGCGUUGAAGAAGGCGAAGCUGGCAGCAGCAGCAGCAGCCGCCGCGGCAAAUGACGACGACGAUAGCGACAAUGUCGAGACGGAGCGGGAAUUGAGGAAGAAGGCCAAGAAGACGAAGAAGCAAAAGAAGGCUGAGGAAGAGGAAGCGGAGGCGGAGCAGGAGGAGCAGGAGGAGCAGGAAGAGGCUGAAGAGGCUGAAGAGGACGUGGUGGAAGAGGCCGCCAAGGCUUCCGACGCCGAGGACGACGAAGAAGAAGACGACGGCACAUCCGACCCAGCACAACUGCCGGCGGCCAGCGACGACGCCGACACGCGGCACCUCACACUACCAGCGGUGGGCGGCGAGGCGUCCACGACGCCAAACGGCUCGACGGCGUUUGCCGACCUCACCAUCUCCGACAAGACCAAGCGCGGCCUGGCCGACAUGGGCCUCGAGACCAUGACCGAGAUCCAGCGGCGCGCACUGCCGCCGCUGCUGGCCGGCAAGGAUCUGCUGGGCGCGGCCAAGACGGGCUCCGGCAAGACACUGGCAUUCCUGAUCCCGGCCGUCGAGAUGCUCUACUCGCUCAAGUUCAAGCCGCGCAACGGCGUUGGUGUCAUUAUCGUCACGCCGACGCGCGAGCUGGCCCUGCAAAUCUGGGGCGUUGCACAGGAGCUCAUGGCCCACCACACACAGACGACGGGCAUCGUGAUGGGCGGCGCCAACAAGCGCGCCGAAGCCGAGAAGCUGGGCAAGGGCGUCAACCUGCUGGUGGCCACGCCCGGCCGCCUGCUCGACCACCUCUCCAGCACCCCGUUCCUGUACAAGCACCUGCGCUCGCUGAUCAUCGACGAGGCCGACCGCAUUCUCGAGGUCGGUUUCGAGGACGAGCUGCGCAAGAUCAUCCAGAUCCUGCCCAAGCAGCGGCAGACGAUGCUGUUCUCUGCGACGCAGACCCAGAAAAUCGACGACCUCGCCAAGGUGUCGCUGCGCGCCAACCCGCUGUACCUCAACGUCGACGAGGAGCAGCAGUUUAGCACGGUGGACGGCCUCGAGCAAGGGUACGUGGUGUGCCCCUCGCAGAACCGGUUCCUGCUGCUGUGGUCGUUUCUCAAGAAGAUGGCCGGCAAGAAGAAGGUGAUUGUCUUUUUCAGCUCGUGCAACUCGGUCAAGUACCACGCCGACCUGCUGCGCUACAUUGACCUGGGCGGCGUGCUGGACCUGCACGGCAAGCAGAAGCAGGCCAAGCGCACGGCGACCUUUUUCGAGUUCAUCAACGCCGAGCACGGCAUUCUGCUGUGCACCGACGUGGCGGCGCGCGGCCUCGACAUCCCCGCCGUCGACUGGAUCGUGCAGUUCGACCCGCCGGACGACGGCCGCGCCUACGUGCACCGCGUGGGCCGCACGGCGCGUGGCAAGCAGGGCCGCGGCAAGUCGCUGCUGUUCUUGCUGCCGAGCGAGGUCGGCUUCCUGGCGUACCUGCGCGAGGCGCGCGUGCCCGUCGUCGAGUACGAGUUCCCCACCAACAAGGUGCGCAACGUGCAGGCGCAGCUCGAGAAGCUGCUGGCACAAAAUUACUAUCUGCACCAGUCGGCCAAGGACGGUUUCCGCGCCUACCUGCACGCGUACGCCAGCCACAGUCUGCGCUCUGUGUUUGACGUGCUGAAGCUGGACCUGGUGGCCGUGGCCAAGAGCUUUGGCUUUGCGACGCCGCCGCGUGUCGAUCUGACGCUGGCGGCCAGCAUGGGCAAGAACAAGGCCAACGGCGCGGGCAACAGCGGUGGCCGGCGGGCGUACGGCAGCCAGCCGCGGCAACAGGGCGGCGGCCAAGGCCACUUUAAGCGGAGGCAAUAG